AUGGCUCCUAUCGGACAGAUCUACGGCUUUGCUGGCCACUUCAAGGUCAACCGCGUUCUCGCUGCCGCCGCCUACAAUGGCGUCGAGCUUGAGAUCGUCGAGACCCAGGCCAUGAAGGGCGACACCAAGAAGCCCGAGUUCACCGCUCUCUUCCCCUACGGAAAGAUCCCAGCCUUCAAGGGCACUGACGGCUUCAGCCUCACUGAGGGCAGGGCUAUCGCUCGUUACGUCGCCGGUCUCUCGGACAACGCCAAGCUGCUCGGCACUGACGCCAAGUCGGCUGCUCUUGUCGAACAGUGGAUCUCGUUCGCCGACGAUGAGAUCCUUCAGUUCGGUGUUCAGCUCAUGCUGAUCUGCAAAGGCCUGCUCCCCUACAACAAGGCUUACGAGCAGAAGCUCUGGGAGAACCUUGACCGAUCCUUUACCUACCUCGAGGCUGAGCUCAAGAAAAAGACCUUUAUCGUCGGUCACCGUGUCACGCUUGCCGACUUGACGCUCGCUUCUGACAUUGGCUUCGUCUUUGGCCAUGUUGCCGGUGUCAACUUCCGCUCCAAGUACCCGAACACGGUGCGCUACUUCAACACGGUCACCAAGCAGCCCACUGCUCUCAAGGCGUACUCGUCGCUGACGCUCGCUGAGGACAAUGUCAAGUUUGUGCCACCCAAGAAGGAGGAGAAGCCCAAGGCUGCCCCUGCUCCCAAGGCUGAGAAGCCCAAGGCUGCGCCCGCUCCCAAGGAUGACGACGAGGACGACGAGCCCAAGGCUGCGCCCAAGCCCAAGAACCCGUUGGACGACCUGCCCAAGUCGUCGUUCAACCUUGACGAGUGGAAGCGAACCUACUCGAACGAGGAGACGCGCGAGGUUGCGCUGCCCUGGUUCUUCAAGAACUUUGACUCUGAGGGCUACUCGGUAGUCAAGCUGGACUACAAGUACAACGACGAGCUGCAGGCUGUGUUCCAGUCCAACAAUCUGAUCGGUGGUUUCUUUGCGCGUCUCGAGGCUUCGCGCAAGUACACCAUGGGUACGCUCGGAGUGUUUGGUGAGAACAACGCCAACGCCAUCUCCGGUGUCAUGAUCUGCCGUGGUAAGGACCCCAAGAGUGUGCUCGAGGUCGCCCCCGAUGUCGACUCAUACACCAUCUCGCCCUUGGACUUGAGCAAGCCCGAGGACAAGAAGUUCUUCGAGGACAUGAUGGCUUGGGAGGCCACCGUCGACGGUAAGGCCUUCGCUGAUGGCAAGAUCAUGAAGUAA